GUUACUUUAAUUUUUUUUCUUAAAGAUUAAUUGAAUUAGCUUAUUGAAAUAAAGUAACAAAAAAAAAACUUUCAGGCUUUUUCUUAUUCUCUUACACACACACUAAAUAACGGUACACCUCUCUUUUAUCAUGACUUCUAACGAUUCUAUGGAAAACUUGCCUCCCUCUGCUAAAUUGGCACUCCUUCAUGCUCAGGCUGCUAUUCCUUCAUCCGUAGAAGAAGAUCCCUUUGUUCCUUCUCCUGACGACCCCGUUGUUGUCAUGGAUAAUACUGCUUAUGAACCACUUAUUGCUGGUGAUUAUCCUACCCCUAUUGGUAAGCCUAUUGUUCCUGCUCCCAAGAAAGAAGUUACCGUGACCAAAAAGAAUCUCGAUUUGAAUUCUGAAGCUGCUUUCCCUGCUCUUUCACCAUCUCCUCGUCCACCUGUUGUAUCGGGUGGUUGGUCAGCUAGUUCUCGUGUCAAAUCACCUCAAGCCAGUCCUAUCCGUAAUAGACCUAUGGCUCCCCCCGCUUCUGGUAAUGUCAAAAAAUCAUCUACUGCUACUCAAAUCACUGAUGUCCUUGAAUUGCCUGCUAAUCAACAAAUUGCCAACAUGCCCAAUAAGCCUCUUGGUUUCAAGAGCAAUGCUGAUGUCAUUCAACAAGUCAUCAAAAAAACUGGUACAAAUAUUAUUGCUUCUACAAAUCGCUCUGGUACAACAACUUUUCUUAUUCAAGGUGCUCCUGCUGAAGUUGCUAGAGCUAAGAAAGAAUUAAUUUCUGGUCUUGUUGUGAAGCGUACUAUUGAAAUUACUGUACCUGCUUCUACUCGUCGUUUCAUUAUUGGUGCAAAGGGCGCUACACUCAAGCAAAUUGAAGCUAAAUCAAAUACUCGUAUCAACUUUUCUCGUAAGGAUAAUGAAGAUGAAUCUUAUGAGGAAAACCCUGAUGACAUGGUUCCUGUCACCAUCAUGGGUGAUGCUACUGGUAUUAGAAUUGCAAAGGAAGAGAUUGAAAAAAUCGUUAGUGAAAAGACUUCUAAGCAAACAAUCAAGAUUGAUAACUUUGACAGUAAAUUUUAUCUUUUCCUCGCUGGUCCACAAAAUAGUAACAUCAAGAAAUUGGAAGGCGAAUUUGAUGUCAAGAUUCAUAUUCCUGCUGUUAUUGUAGAUGGUAAUACAAACCGUGAAACAGCUAUCUCCAUUUCUGGUGAUAAAGAGAAAGUCCAAGCUGCUAAACAAGCCCUAGAAAAAUCAUAUGCAGAUAUUGAGAACUCAAGUCGCACCAUUGCUAUUGCAAUCCCUAAACGUCAACACAAAUACCUUUAUGGUAAGAAUGGUGAAACUCUUAAAGAAAUUUUGAAUGAAUCUGGCUGUACUGUAGAAUUACCUCCUACUGAAGAUCCUUCUGAAAAUGUCACAAUUCGUGGUCUUGAUGCUGAUUUAGUUAAGGGUUUAACAGUUGUGAUGGAAAAGGCUCGUGCCGUUCAUGUGAGUGUUUUUGAUUUAACAGAAAAUUACAAAUCAUCUGGUGAUGCAUUGAAGUAUGCUCGCGCUGCUCUUAAAUAUCUUUUGGUUAAGAAGAGUUUCAAGAAAAUUGAAAAUGAUCAUAAUGUUCAAGUAAAUGUCCCUCAAGCCGAUGAACUUGACAAAUCUGUCUAUCUUGAAUUUGUCAGUAAAGCCGAAAAGGAUGCUGCUCUUGCUCAAUUAGCUGUCUCUAAACUCUUGAAUCAAUUAACACCCGAAGUCUUUAGCUAUGUUGAAGUUAAGCCUUAUCUCCAUCAUUAUAUUCAAAAAAGUCAUUACAGUGCCCUUGAGCGUAUUCAAUCUACACAUCAUGUCACUAUAAUUGUACCAAAUGAAGAAGAGAACUCUGCUAACAUCUUGGUUGUUUUUAGUGGUGAGGACAAAUCAAACGUAAAGGCUGCUUUGGAUGCUGCUGCUGAUGAAUUAAAUAAGAUUGUUAAAGACUGUUCAGAUUACAUUUUCAAGAGUACUUCUAUUCCUAUCAAGUUCCAUGAACUCAUUCGUGGACCUAAGGAUACAACCUUAAAUGCUAUUGUAGGUGAGACCGAUGCCAUCGUUCGUUUUGGUCCUAAUGAUAAGGUUGAGAUUCGUGGUCUCACCAAAGAAGUAAACCAAGUUACUGCUAAUCUUCAAAAAGCAUUUGAAGCUGUUCAAAAAGAAGAUUACACUAAGCCUUAUACAGAAGAGUUCUUUAUCCCUGCUAACUUUUCUGCCCACAUUAUUGGUAAGUCAGGAUCUAAUAUUAAUAAACUUAAAGAUGAUCUUGGUGUCAAGGUUGACAUUGGAGAAAGCAAUAAAACAGAAGAAAAGAUUGUUUCCAAGAACAAGAAGAACGUUACACCUGUUAAGGUUGUCAUUCAAGGUCCUAGAAUUAAUGUUGAGAGUGCUAAGGAACGUAUCAAUAGUCAAGUCGCAAGUUUGGCCGACCAAGUCACUCUUUCUCUCAAGAUUCCCAAGGAAUUCCAUCGUCAUUUAAUUGGUCCCAAUGGUCGUUAUGUUAAGAAACUUGAGGAUAAAUAUAACAUCUUUAUUAAGUUCCCUAAGUCUACCAAUCAUGAUAAUGAAAGUCCUAACACUAAUAAACCUGAUGAAAUCACAGUUCGUGGUGGUAAGAAAGACUGCCAUGCUGCUAAGGAAGAAUUAAUGGAAUUAUAUGAAUAUGAAAAAGAAGAACAAGAAAAGAGAAAGGAGAGAGAACAGAAGCAUAAGGAAUAUGAAGAGAAGCGUGCUGCUGAAGAGAAGAGAAGAGCCGAAGAAAAGGCUGCCAGAGAAGCUAGAGAAGCUGCUAAGGAAGCUGCUAGAGAGGCUAAAAGAGCUGAAAAGGAAGCUGCUGCUGCUGCUGCUGCUAAGAAAGAGUAAACCAAUCUUCCAUUUAUAUAUGUACAUAAUAUAAUGAAAUAUAUAUAACACGUACAUUUGUAUUUAGAUAAAAAAUAAAAUAAAAAAAAUAAACGUCUUUAUCAAGAAAAGGUUUUUAUUGUAAUUUCUAUCUUUUUU